CAGCUGCACAGUAUUUCUCAGAGCGGUGCACUUAUUUCGAUCCAGCUCCGGAUCUCAGUAUUCAGCUGGGUCGGAGUGGCUCGGGACCUGUUUUACACACCACGAAAAGUGCCGCCCGAUUUCUUCUGCUAUGCCUACACGCGUGAUCGCUCUCGGGAUUCCUAGUACCAAGCUACCUCGGCUUCUCGUUACGAACGGUCUACAUGAGCCAUAUGUAACUUUAUCCUAUUGCUGGGGUCAAGGGGCCACCAAGUCGCUCAUGCUACGCGACGAGAACCUCGAGUCAAUGCAGGAAGGGAUCCACGAAAAUAACCUAGCCAAGACGUACUGUGAAACACUCCAAGUAGCUCGCGAUCUGGGCUUCUUGUACACCUGGAUAGACACACUGUGCAUACUUCAAGAAAACAAGUGUGACUCGGAGUACGAGUCAACGAGGAUGGGAGAAGUAUAUGGAAACGCCUCCUUAACUCUCGUGGCAGCGAGAAGUAGCGAUGAUAUGAGCGGGUUUCUGCGAAAUGACUUCAACCCUGUGGCAGACCCGUGUCCAUUCCCAUAUGGCAAGGCCGAUGAGAACGGCCAUGAAAUCAAUGGACUGUACGUCGGUCUGGAUAGAGCUUGGUUCAAGGAUACGCUUGAUCUUGACCCAGUGAAGACUCGGGGCUGGUGCCUGCAAGAAGCGGAGUUGAGCAGAAGAACACUUAUUUAUGGACGCAAUGGUGUCUCUUUUCAGUGCAAGACAGCCAACUUCUUCGAGGACGAGACCUAUAAAUUCUACCACAAACGCGUAUUUUUGCCGAGCCUGGAGGCUGCCCUUGGCCCAGUCCCCGGCCGACGACCCCCUGACGGACUAGAACUGCUGAAUCACUGGUAUGCAGGUGUUCUACCAGAUUACACAGCCAGCGCACUCACAAACCGUAGCGAUAUCUUUGCGGCGAUCGCAAGCCUUGCAAAGUUGGCGAAGCAGACAAUUGGCGGCCGCUAUUUAGCAGGCGCCUGGGAAAGCGAUCUUCCACGUGGUUUACUUUGGAAACCCCGAUACCAGACCCGCUGGAUGGUAGACCCGUCAAAGACUGAGACCAAUCUGGUACCCCUCAGGAGAUCUCGCCCUUCCCAAGCUCCAUCGUGGUCAUGGGCUGCAGUUGAAGGGCCAAUCUCACACGGCUGGGACAACCGGAAGAGAUGGCCACCAUAUCCCACAGAAGGCCGCCCUGACGCUUUCUUGGUGCGGCCGGCACAUCAAGGUCAUACUCGGUGGACAACCCAAGAUAGCUGUGAUGCAGAUGUGCUCUACAUGCCGCGGUGUGAACUCCAAAUGCAUGGUCGGCUACGACGACUUCGCUCCACGGCAAUUCCGCAGGCGAGGCUGCUGGAUUGGUAUCGUGAACAGGGUGUAAAGGCUCGCCAGCGGCCUGACGACUUGCCUCCCCAAGUACGAGACGGCUGCCCAUUCAAUCAAGUCAUGGCUUUCGGCGUCUUUGACAUUGCCGAGGAGCUUGUUGAGAAUAUAUGGGCGUUGCCGACCACUCGAGAUCUGGGCCUGAUUCUAGAUCGGAAAGAAGAUAGGCCUUUCCACCGUCUGGGCAUCUUCCAUCUUUUGAAUCUCUAG